UCUUCUCUCUUUCAGUGUGUCACCAGUACUGAUGAAGCCCCCAUUGCUGCUUCUGUCUCACCUCUGCCUGUUCAGCCUCAUGCCUCCCUCGUGGGCAUCAGACUCAGCACAAGGUGCCUCCAGUCUCACUUGUUGGUAUGACUCUCGGGCAGCUCUCUUCUGCGACUGGGACCCGGGCAGGGACCUGGCUGAAGCACCAUGCCAGCUGGAGAUUUUAUCAAAGAAAGGCUUUUGUGACAGGUGGUCACGUCCCUCAUCUGAAAAACCCAAGAAGCACUGCAAGUUACCCAAGGCAGAGCAUAUGACAGGACUGAGGAGAUGCAUCAAAACCUUCAACCAAAAUGUUAAUAAUCAGUGCUUCACCGUUGCAGACAGUCUUAACUUGUCUGUCCAUUGCCACACUGGAGAGAACAAAACCAAAAUACCUGAACAAAUAAAAAACUUCAAACCAUUUGCAAAUAUAAAGCUGAGGCCUCCAGGAGACCUUCAGCUGGUUAACAUAACUGAAAACACCUCCAACCUAACAUGGAGCCUGAAUAUUUCCUCUCACUAUUUGGAUGGGAAGCGGGAGUACCAAGUGCGGUUCCGACACGUGAGUCAGUCCUGGGAGGAGGCUGCAAACUUGCCCAUUGAGCAGGACCAGAUGUGGGCGAAUUUUGAGAGACUCUCACCCAACUCUAAGUAUGAAGCAGCUGUCCGUGCAAGGCCAAGUGCCAGGAGUGACUACAAAGGCGUGUGGAGUGACUGGAGCAAGCCGGUCCUGUGGAGGACACAUGCUGACCAUAAGGGAGCAUCCCAGCCAGUCCUGCCAGUUCUGAUAGUGAGCACUUUCAUCUUUGUGAUCAUUGGGACCGCCUUCCUCAUUAACUUACGCACCCUGAAAUGGUUUAAGAAGAUCCUGAGGAUUCACAUCCCAGACCCUGAGAAGUUUUUUCCCCCACUUGUUUCGGUUCACGGAGGUGACAUUCAGAAAUGGCUCUCCUCCCCAUUCUCCACAUCUUCCUACUGCGUGAACAGCACAAUCCCAGAGAUCUCUGUGCUCGAGGUGAUGCAGAAGAAUGACCAGGAAUCCCGGUUUCUACUUUCCAAGGGAGCCCUGACUCCUGAUCCUCCCAGAGAAACCAGUGUGCACUCUGGAUCCAGCUGCUUCACCAACCAAGGCUACUUCUUCUUCCACGUUUCCAACUCCUUUGAGGUCGAGCCCUGUCAGGUCUACUUCACCUACGAGCCUUUCAGCCAGGAGGGCAGUGGCAGCAAGGAUGGUGACUGCUACCAGGCUCUCCCCUCCCCAGACCUCUGCACGCUGGCACAGGACAUGAAUGUGCUGCCCAACAACUUCUUUCGCUGUAUUGAGGCAAGCCAGGGCUCCCAAAAGAGCCCCUUCAUGGAAGAGACAGCAGGUGAAGCCCAGCAGGCCAUGGCUGUUCCUGGGGCUCUCCAGUCGAGGGAAGGCACCUCACCAAUGCCGCUUGUGGAGCAGGAUGAGAAGGUGAUGGACAAAGCAGCUUCACAGCCGGCUGGGGCCGUGUGCCAGCUGGACACUGACUUUCCUGACCCGCUGGACCUGCAGGACAGCGACGCUGUCAGUGUAACCGAGGGGAAUGGGAAGGGGGGCCCUCCAGCUGACCCCUGCCCACCAGCAGCAAAUGCUGCCUCCUCCCCCUCCCAGCCUCCACAGCCUCCACCUCUAAUGCAAAGACAGGAUGAGGAGCCAUGCAAAACAGCCUUCUCCAGCCAGGUCCCAAACACCGGUGCCUACCUUUCUCUGAGGGACCUCCAAAGCCAGUACAGCCAUUGCUCUGUCUAGGAUCUGCCUGGAGGAGACCCACAGGUGGGAAAGGCCACCUCUGCAGGGAAGGCUAGAUGGACAAUUUCUCUCCUCAGGACAUGAAUGUAACUUCAGCAUCAAUCCCAUCAGGACUGCUCGCUAAUGAGGCUGGAGAAACCCAGCCAGCAAGGACUUACCUUCACAAGCAAAUCUGUUCUUCUGUUACUACUGCCUCUGAUGGCAUAGAAACUCCUCACAUUUCUCAAGUGACAUUCAAAACCUCACUAAUUCAUUUUUCCCUUCCCAGCUCCUAGUAGGAGACUGUGCCAGCACUUCCAUGCUCUGCAUUUUGGUGUAAAAUAGCACUCAGCUUUGAGGCUGAGCUGGCAUAUGAUCAGUUUGCCUCAUACAGGCCUAAAAACCUCUGAUGGGACAGAGAAAUGCCUGAAGAUGUGGAUGUUAGAUUUUAUACAGGGGCCAAUAGCACUGCCCAACAGUGCUGGGGUUGAUGAUGAAAUGGAUGAAGGCAUCUCCUCCUG